UUGGAGUACCAAGGCAAAGGGUUUCAGUAGACGAGUGUUGUCCUCUGUUUUCUUCUUUGGCAAAGAUCUCAACAAGCAGCCGGUGGAACAAGAUGAAGCUCUGCGUUGUGUUUGUGCUGACGGCCCUGCUGGUGCUCGCUGACGGAAUGCCGCCCAUCAGCAGGGAUCUCAACACGCACUGCAGGUGCCUGCAGGUCGAGUCCAGGAUCAUCCCAGCGGAGAACCUGAAGAGCAUCAAGCUGGUCCCCGAGGGGCCCAACUGCGCCAAAACGGAAGUCAUAGCCGGGCUGGUGAGCGGGGAGAAGGUGUGUCUCAACCCUCAGUCCGCCUGGGUGAAGAAGCUGGUCCAGUUUGUCCUGGAGAAACAGACCCAGAAGAAGAGAGCCGCUCCCAAGACGAAGGCAUGAGGAUGAUCCUGCACGCCUCCAAACGCUGAUACCUGAGCCAUGAUAUUACCCGUUUCAUUACAUUAUUUUCUUAUCUCCACUUUUUUUAUAUAUAAUUUUAACUCUUAAGAUGUUUUCGUUUUUCACUUUUUUUUAUAUAACCAUUCGUAUACAAACGCCGUACGUAGCAAAAAUGUAGCUUUCUAACAUGAAACUCUCAUCCAGUAGCAAUAAAUCAGCUUAGGUGAGGAAAAACUCAUGCUAUGAAUUGUUUUUUUGUUGUUUUUUUUAUGUGAGGCUUUAAUAAAGUGUUACUUCUUGUA